AUGGCACCAGGCUGGGUUAACCUCGAGGCAGCGACGAACGUGAUUCCCGACUCUGCUUUCUCUGAAGGGGAGCCAGCCUUCAAAUUCUUGAAUCUUUCGAAAAAGACGCGUAUCUAUGGCUUCCUCGGAUGCCUUUUGUUCGGUUUUGUGCUGAGUUUGGUGGGCGCUAUCCUGCUCUUUGGAGGGAAUGUUGUCGUUUUUGCUGUCUUCUUUGGUCUUGGAACGCUUGUGUCGUUGUUGGGAACAGGAUUUAUCAUUGGGUUCUUCAAUCAACUGAAGCUCAUGUUCAAACCUGUGCGAGUAGUGGCCACGAUCAUCUUCCUCGCAUCGAUCGGUCUCGUCUUUGUCGGCGCAUUCGUAAUUGGCAGUGAUAUUCUUUGCCUCGUUCUCGUCUUUGUUCAGUACCUGGCCUACAUCUGGUACACUCUCUCAUACAUCCCAUACGCGCGCGCCGCAGUAUCCAAAGCUGUGGGCCUCGGUUAA